UUUCCAAGUUACUAGGGCCAUCUGCCAAACAUACUUUAUCUGAACUUCCGAAAGUUGUUGUUGUUCGGCUAGACAUGAAUACAGGACACGGGAACCGUUUACCCGGAAUAGUUUGUGGCUUUUUAUAUUCACUAAUUACUGAUAGGCUAUUUUUUAUUGAUGGUUAUGAUAAUUUCGAAAGUUAUUAUGAAAAAGAUUUCGAACAUGACUGGAAAAUUGUUACAAACUUGUAUAAAAAUAGUACCUCUAGAUAUAUACAUUCUCUUAAUUCAUAUAACGACUUUUCGUUGGUGACGAGAGGAAACCUUAGCAACGAUGAACUAAAUUCGUACGAUAUUUUAUAUGUUCGUACAUGGGAUUACGCAUGUGCUCCUAUAACGUCAAAUCCUUAUUAUAAGAAUUGGUUUAAUAAAGUAAUACCUGAUUAUAGAGUUUUUACUGCAAUCAGCCUAAAAUUAUUGAGAUUACACUUAAAUAUUAGCAAACAAGUAGAGACUUUUGUGGACAAUAAUUUUAACGAUUAUAAUAUAGGAAUUCAUUUAAGACAAAAAGAGUCGCCAGAUGAUAUGAUAAUACCCGUAGAACAUUAUAGUCAAGUAGUGAAAAUGUUGAUGUUAGGAAUAAAAAACAUGAACAUAUCUAUCUUUGUGGUUGCAGAUAAUGAUAGUCGGAAAAAAUUAGUAAAAUCACUUCGUGAAGUAUUUAAUUCAAAUAAUAACAAUUCUAUUAAAAUUGUUUAUACUGAACAAUAUAUGGAUUCUCCAAAUCCUGUUAGUUGGAACGCUG